ACGUGACGCAGGUUAGCUUGUGCGGUGCAGAGUAGCGCUCAGCUGACUGGAGCUAGCUUCCUGCUGUUUUUGUUGUUGUUGUUUUCAGGCUUAGUCUGUGAUGCAGUAGACAGUUUGUCGUGGACUGAAACAUGGAGCGGUACGGGUCGGACACGGAGGGGGACGAUACACCGCUGCUUCACCGAGGACACGACGACAAAGCCCAGAAAGCCCCAGCUUGCUGUUCAUCACGCUAUGGCCUGGCACUGCUCUCCUCUUUCGGCUUCUUCGUGGUCUACUCCUUGCGGGUGAACCUCAGUGUGGCCAUGGUGGACAUGGUCAACAACACCCACCAAUCCAGCGCCAACCACAGCUCAGUGUGUCCUGGUCAUACCGACCCUGCACGGCCCAAACACAACCGUACGGCCAGUGUGUACAACUGGGACUCUGAGACACAGGGCUGGAUCCUGGGCUCCUUCUUCUACGGCUACAUCCUGACGCAGGUCCCUGGGGGCUACCUGGCCGGCCGCUAUGGACCCAAGUGGCUGAUGGGCCUCGGGAUCCUGGGAACUGUCAUUUUUACGCUGCUCACCCCUGCGGCUGCUGACCUGGGUGCAAGCUACCUCAUCGCUGUCAGGGUGCUGGAAGGGAUCGGAGAGGGAGUGACAUUCCCUGCUAUGUACACUAUGUGGGCAGCCUGGGCCCCACCAUUGGAGAGGAGCCGACUGCUCACUAUUUCCUACAUUGGAGCCCAGCUGGGGACAGUAAUCUCUCUGCCUCUGUCUGGUGAAAUCUGCUUCUACCUGGACUGGACCUACGUCUUCUAUGUGUUUGGUGCUGUCGGCCUGGUGUGGUUCAUCCUGUGGGCCUUCCUCGUCUUUGACAGUCCAAACACUCACCCACGGAUAUCAGAGCGGGAGAGACUCUACAUCACCAACUCACUGAAGAACGAGCUGUCCACCUCAGCAGGCAACAUCCCCUGGAGAGCCAUAGUGACCUCCAGACCGCUGUUGGCCAUCGUGGUGGCUCACUUCUCCUACAACUGGACCUUCUACACCCUCCUCACCCUGCUGCCAACCUACAUGAAUGACAUACUGGGAUUCAGCAUACAGCAGAACGGCAUGCUGUCAGCUCUUCCCUACAUAGGCUGCGCUGUGAUGGCUGUGCUGAGUGGCCAGCUGGCUGAUUACCUGCGGGAAACGCUCCUCUACCCCACCGUCACUGUCAGGAAGUCCUUCUCCAUUGUUGGUAUGAUCGGGCCGGCAGUGUUCCUGGUGGCAGCAGGAUACACAGGCUGUAACUACACGCUGGCUGUGACCUUCCUCACCAUCUCCUCCGCUCUGGGCGGAGUGUCGGCGUCUGGCUUCAACAUCAACCACCUUGACAUCGCUCCUUCGUAUGCUGGUAUUCUCCUGGGAAUCACCAACACCUUCGCCACCAUCCCUGGCAUGGUGGGACCAGUCAUCGCAAGCGCACUCACCCAACAUAAAACCAUAGAAGAAUGGCAGAUGGUUUUCUACAUUGCUGCUGCCAUCAACCUGUUUGGAGCUGUGUUCUACACUGUGUUCGGCCGAGGAACGGUGCAGCCCUGGGCCGUCCACACGUCCUACUCUCAUGGAGACUGAGGCUGAAGACAAGUGCCGGACGUGUCUGUUUGAUGAUUUAAUUUUUUCCAAUGGACAGGUCUCAAUCAUGGGCUUAAUUCAACGGGUAAUCAGUGACAGAUACGUUCCAACUGCGCUGAUAAUUCUCAAAGCGCGACUAGCUAACAGUGAGUAACAGCCAUAAUACCCUCGCAGACGUUCUGUACUGUGACUGCAGGUACUAGAGAGUCAGACAAACCUUCAGUCACAGCAACAGAAGACUGCGAUUUUAUUGAAGUGAAUAUUUCUAGGAGGCAAAAAUAAUCAUUUAGCAGAGCAAACAACCACAGUAUGUAUCUCCAGGAAGUGUCAGAGGAAGCUGUCUUUAUGAAGGCAAACACUCCUGACACUAGCUGAAAAAAGGGAAUGAAGCCAGUUAAUAAGGAAGCUACAGAUGUUGACAUUAUAAACACCACAGGAAAUAAGCUACAAGAUAAAUUAUCCCAAUGUAGCUCCUCAGGUUUGCCAGUUAGUUAACUUGAUAAGCUCAAUUUUUAUUUCUGCCUCCGGAGCACUUUAAAGAUGUUUUUACCCUACGACUCCACAGUACACCUUCUUGAGUUUUAAUGCCAUGGUUCAAGUCUGUCCUCUUUAGAAGGAUGUUUCCUUAACUGGUGUGUGUAAAGUUUGGGUUAACACAACAUGUGAAACUUAAACUAAGUGUUUAAAGGAACACCUCACCCCCAAAUCACCUUUCAGUUACUCUGCCAGAGUUCUGUUGAAUGUGUGAUAAGGACUUUGUUUUUCCCACAUGCCUUCACUGAACGGAGAAUCCAAUAACAGACAGAAUUCUUGAUGAGUUGAAGUCAUAGAAUUUUGUCAGUGUCCUUUAAAGUACCAAUGGUGCGUUCGUUUUGUACUCAGAGGCCGGAAAUUCCCAGUUCCCAGUCGGAAGUUUAAACUCAAAUGCACCCUGAGGUCAGAUUUCCAACUCGGAAACUCAACCGCAUCAACCCCGACUUACGAAUUCAUGAUGGCUGCCGGUCACAUGCAUAGUGAGUAAACACUCUGCUAAAGUACUGUUUAUAGCAAUCCUAUCUUAUUUGUUUUACAUUAGGUCAGCCAUACCCAUAGUACUGUUCAAUUUAUAUCCGUGGGCAUGUUGCUACGCUGUAUGUACGUGCAAAAUGCCACAUAGAACUGAUAUUGCUAACAGUGGCUACAGCUAGCCCAACGGUAGAACGGUAACGUCCAUGUUUUUUUCUAAUCCAAUCCAACUUUAUUUGUAAAGCACUUUAAAACAACCACAGAGUAUCAAAGUGCUAUUAGUUAGUUAUUAGUUGACAACAACUUGUCCAGCGUUGUCAACUAGAAUGCAAAAACUGUUGUCAACUUGGAGUUGACGUCAUUCUCACUUCCGACUUCUGACCUCUGAGUACAAAACGAAUGCACCCAACCCUUUUGAUCACCUGUCAGUACUUCCAAAUACUGAAUUAUGCAUCAGGGAGAGAAUGUCGGGUUCAAACAGGAGACGGAAGUGCCUCGAAGCCAGGAGUAGGACACUGAGCUCCUCAGCUUCCCAAAGAGCCAAAACUAUUGCUGUAGCGGUGUUCUGCAGUGAUAGUUUCAGUGUUUCUUUUUCUUUUCAUUUCAAGACAGAAGACUUGACUUGUGCUCAGAGGAGAGAGCAAGACUGUGUCGACCUUGCAGCUUGCUCAAAAAAUACGUUCUUGUUAUUAAACAGAGAGUAAAGUACAGAGGACAGACACUGUCUGGUGUCCAGGUACCAGCACCAGUAUCUGUUCACAUAUGAAUGGUACCCAAUCCUAGUAACCAUGUUUAACAAUAGCAAAACUUACCAUUUAUAACAUUCACACAACUCAUGCAGUCAAAUCCAAGUUUCAUUUAUCCAGUCGGUUGCUCAGUACUCCUCAAACAUACAGCCCUUUCCCAAAUAGAAACUGAACUAACAGUGAAACUUUAUCUCUGCUCUCUUCAAAGCCAGACUCCAUUGACAAAAACGGUGUUUUAAAGUGUUAGUUCAGAUUCACCAAAGUCUCACAUAACACAGACUAACUAACUGAUAGAGGCAAAGAAAGACCAGCAGCUCCUGUGUUCAGCAGGCUUAAAUGACUGUUUUUGUCAAUGGAGUCUGGCUUUGAAGAGAGUGUAGAUAAAGUUUCACUUUCAGUUCAGUUCCCUGUCAGAAAGGGCCGUCGGGGCAGCACUGAGCAUCUGACUGGAUAAAUGAGACUUGGAUUAUAUUGCACGAGUUGUGUCAAAGAUUGUAAACGGAUGCUUUGAUCUAAUUUUGCUGUUGUCAACAAGACUGUUCUCCAUUUUUGGAUCCUUUGUUCACUGGAGGCAUGCAAGGACCAAGUUUCUUCACAAAUUCAGCAUAGCACAGGGUGAGUACUUGAUACACAAAUUGUGAUUUGGGAGGUGAAGUAUUUCUUUACAUGGUUUUCCCCCCUCCUAACAAAAAAAAUCAUGUCAACCCAAAUUAGACCCACACAUGUAAGAACGUCUUUCUUACCACUGAGACUGCACAGUACGCACAAACACUUGUUUGGGGAAAAAGCCUUAUAGUGAAGCCUCCUUAGAUUGAUUUUAAAGCUCUUUGUCUUUCACAGGAUUGCAAAUGGACUUUUUUUUGUAUGUACUUGUCAUAUAGUGCCGUUAUUAUGUGCACAAUAAUGUGUCUUUUCUGGUUGUAUCCACCAGGCACCUCUUUGAGUUUAGGUAGCAGCACUUAACUAAUGCAUGUGUGAAGCACGGGUCAUGAUAUUUUCAAUCUGUAACACUAAGAUGACGUUAAGCUCUCUGCACCUUUCUGAUGAAGGGAAAGGAAACUUUAAAGAGGUUCCUGGUGGACACACAGCCUUGUUUUACUCACAGGAUUUGCACUUUCUGUGUCAAUUCUCAGGUAUCGUAUGUCUUACAAGGAAUGAAAAGGACAUUUGAUUACUUUUUACAGGUUGUUUGAUCUACCGCAUCGAGGUAUGUUCUUAAUUAAGUGUCAACUGGAUGAGAUCCCAUUUUAAAAUGAUUUCAGGUAGCGCAGUUAAUUCAAAAUAUGGCUCAUGGUAAUUCCUUACCUGUUUUCAACUUAUAAAGUUUACACUCUACCAGGUCACACGUACAUAAAACUGUAUGUAUCUUGUCCAUUUACACAUAACGACCACAGGGGGAUAAAUCAAAAUCAAGCCACAAGGAAAAAUGUUGUUUUUGUUAUGUGUUAACAAGUAGCAUCAUCAUCCCAGUUUAAGACGCACUGCCUUAUUACAUUAGCUUCAACGGGGUCAGACAAUUCAGGACUGUAGACUCUUUGUUCCCAGAAGGGAUUCCUGUCGUUACUGUUUUUUUAAUUCUUUCAUUUUUUUUAACGUUAGUGUCUACACACAGAGAAUAAAGGGAUUUGUGAAUGUGUAUAUACACACACUAUACUGGGAGGGUAAUCAUUGUAAAUUUUCAGUCUGGAAACAUUCCAGAAAUAUGUCUUAAAUCACUGUCACGUAUUGUAAAUACUGCAUCAUAUACAGCUAUUAGCAAAUCUGA